AUGCAUGCCUCUCAAUCAGUCGAAGCCCCUCCUGCGCCAUCAAAAGCAUGGAAAGGCAAGGAGCGAGCAGCUCCCAGGUUGCUGUCUGUGAUCGCCCCAGCCACGACGGCAUUGCAGCUCGAUCACCGCCCCUCCGGACUUGUCGCCCCUCCACCGUCUGUAGUACCUCCGCCUGAUACUGCCCCCGCCUCCACCUCUGCAUCAUCUAUGGCGACGUCAGCUCAGUCCACGCAGCCCCCCGCGAUUGCACUGUCGCCCCUUGCGUCUCUCACCACACUCACCACGGUCUCGGGCGCCACCGACGUUGUUCCCGCGCCUGCUUCGCCGCCCACGCCCACCAAUCCCGAAGUCCCCGCGGAGGGUGGUGUGGACAUCUCUGCGUCCCCGCCUCAAGACAUGACCUCCAUGGGCACUGCUCCCCCGAACGAGCAUGCCGACAAGCCCUCGGAGGUCACGACGUCGAAAAAAACGCGUGGCCCUCGCAAGACGACGCAGUGGCCUCCCCCCCCUGACCUGAAGGGUGCAAAAUGGGUCUACGCGCGCAAAUGGUACACGGAUUCCAAUGGCACCCUGGAGGCCUUUGAGGCGCACUACAAGACCCUAAGCUCCUCGGAUCGCAGGAAACUCGGACGCGUUGCUCCCUCGUAG